CGAGCGUGCGUGCGUGUAGCUAACCGCCUAUAAAUAGUAACGGUAACCCCAUCUGCUCAACCAAAAGAAAGAAGAUGAGAAUCUUACUCUGCAACUGCAACUCUCCACCUUCACUUACUCCACUCUCUCCAACGCCACCACAGAAGCCUCCACCAUCGUUUCUCCCAAUUGCCGCCGUUUGGGCCAAGAAAACCCUAAUUACUGCUCUGACCGGAGCUCUCUCCUUAACUCUCUUAGUCUCUUCCCCGUCUCCUUCCCUUUCUCUAGAUUCGCCGUCUUUUCAACCGCCUCGACCACCUCAAUUUGAAAAUUCGCGACCCGAUCGUUGCACCAAAGAAGAAGAACAACAAGAACAAGAAGAAGAUAAGGUCGAGCUUAAACCUGAAUUCGUCACCAAUGAAGAAAUCGUACAAGAAGCUUGGCAGAUCGUUAAUGACAGCUUUCUUGACACCGGUCGCCAUCGCUGGUCUCCUAAAUCCUGGCAGCUAAAGAGAGAGGAUAUUUUGGGGACGUCAAUUCAAACGAGGUCUAAGGCUCACAAGUUAAUCAAACGAAUGCUGGCGAGUUUAGGCGAUCCUUACACGCGAUUCCUCUCACCAGACGAGUUCUCGAAGAUGGCGAGGUAUGACAUGACUGGUAUUGGACUAAACAUUAGGGAAGUUUCAGACGACAUUGGAGGUGUAAAGCUGAAGGUACAAGGACUCAUAUUGGAUGGCCCUGCUCAUACUGCAGGAGUAAGACAGGGGGAUGAAAUUUUAGCUGUUAAUGGGGAGGAUGUCAGGGGGAAAUCAGCCUUUGAAGUAUCAUCUUUGUUACAAGGUCCUAAUGAAACCUUUGUAACCAUUAAGGUCAGGCAUGGCAAUUGUGGACCUACUGAAUCUCUAGAAGUCAAAAGACAACUUGUUGCCCGAACACCUGUCUUCUAUCGGUUGGAACAAGUUAGUGAAGGCCCCACUUCUGUUGGGUAUAUGAGGCUAAAAGAGUUCAAUGCCUUGGCUAGAAAAGAUUUGGUCAUUGCAAUGAAGCAACUUCAAGAUAUGGGUGCUUCAUAUUUUAUUCUGGAUCUUAGAGACAAUCUUGGAGGACUAGUACAGGCUGGAAUUGAAAUUGCCAAGCUCUUUCUGAAUGAAGGGGAGACAAUCAUUUACACAGUUGGGAGAGAUCCACAGUACCUGAAGAAUGUUGUUGCUGAUACUGCCCCAUUGGUUACAAUGCCUGUAGUUGUUUUGGUGAAUAACAAAACUGCUAGUGCAAGUGAAAUUGUUGCUUCUGCACUUCAUGAUAACUGCAGAGCCAUUCUUGUCGGGGAGAGGACUUUUGGCAAGGGUCUGAUUCAAUCUGUCUUUGAACUUCGUGAUGGAUCUGGGGUGGUUGUCACUGUAGGAAAGUAUGUGACACCAAAUCACUUGGACAUAAAUGGCAAUGGAAUAGAACCUGAUUAUAGAAACUUCCCAGCUUGGAGCGAUGUCACGCAGCAUCUGUUGCGAUGCAAUUCACUUCGACAAGGCUAGAAACAGUUCAAGUGGAGGAACCAUUUGAUUUGCUUGCCAAAUAGUUGCACUUGACGGAGCUGACAUGCAAUCGGUUGACUUAAGAGCAUUUGCUUGCAAAAAGGCUUAGGCAUAUAUCCGGCAUAUCAGAGUCGGUAUAGAUUUGCUGAAUGUGAUCCCACUUGGUAUAACACCAGCCGAAGGACAAUGUUAAUGUACUGCCAGAAGAAGGUUAUACAAUGGGGCAACUGUGGCAAUUGCCCCAGCAGAAAUCCUUAAAAAAAUGCAGUACUAUGUAAUUAUUUUUUUUAGAAUAUGUCCAAACCUAUUAAUAAAUUUUAUUGA